AUGGCCACCACAAACGGAACCCAUACAGAAAUCAGACCUCUCAAGGUCCUGAUCGUCGGAGCUGGCAUUGGUGGAUUGACCGCAGCAAUUGCUCUGCGCAAUCAGGGACAUGAUGUCCAGAUCUUUGAGCAGUCGCAUCUUGCGAGUGAAACGGGCGCAGCUAUUCAUCUCGCACCCAAUGCCAAUGGGCUGCUCCGGCGGUUGGGGAUUUUCGCAGAAGAGUUUGGCGCGAACCCGAUGGAACGACUUGUCGAGUACAGCGCCACGGGUGAAUUGCGAAGGGAAAUGGAGCUAACGGAGUCCAACAAGAAGUGGCUGCACCCCUGGCUUCUUGCGCACCGCAUCGAUCUGCAUAAUCACCUGAAGCGAGUUGUUACGACUGCUACAGAACAAUACCCCGCUGUACCAGUUCAUAAGGGUUCGCGUACUGCAUGUGUCGACGCCGAGUCCGCAACAAUUACCCUUCAAGAUGGGACGCACGUUCAGGGAGACGUGGUUAUUGGCGCGGAUGGCGUGCACUCGGUGACUCGACAUGCAAUCCCCGGUGGUCAACUCAAGGCAGCAUGCCGAGGCAAGAGCGCGUUCCGAUUCUUGGUUUCUAAGGUCGUAGCUCUGAGUGAUCCGACUACGGCAAAGUUGGUUCAGCACCAGGGCCAGCUUACUAUCUGGUACGGCAGCGACCGGCGCAUUAUCGUGUAUCCCACCUCGCACAACACUGUCCUGAAUUUUGUGGCUAUACACCCCGAAGCCGAGUCGGCUACAGAAAGCGACGAUACCUGGGGUCAGCAGGGUAACCUGGACAAGAUGCUCUACAUUUACAAGGGAUUUGAUCCGGCGAUUCUGGCUCUGCUCGGCAAGGCUAAUCCUCAGACUGUCAAGGUCUGGAAGCUUUUGGAUAUGGACGUUAUUCCGCAGUGGCAUCAUCAUCGCUUGGCUCUGCUUGGUGAUGCAGCACACCCGUUCUUGCCGCACCAAGGUCAGGGUGGAGGCGUCGCGAUCGAAGAUGCAAUAUCCCUCUCCGUUGUGCUGGGCAAAGAUACGCCCGUUGCUGAUAUCCCCGAGCGUCUGAAGCUGUACCAUGACAUACGCCACGAGCGCGCCACGCGCAUUCAGGGAUUCUCGCGGCUCAUCGGCGAAGACCGUACCGGGGACAAGGAGCCCGAUAUGUAUGGGUUCACAAACUACAACUUCGGCCACGACGAGUUCGACAACUCGACCCAGAAACUCCGCGAAUGGACGUGGAACCGCAUCCCAAACCCAUACUGGCGCAUGCCGAUUGCCUUUGGACCCAUGCCCGGUCCGCGCCAGACGCAUCUGGGUGUUCCCCGGGACGGCACAAAGUCUACCUUUACAACGGCCUCGAUCAAAUUCAAGACGUCGCGGACGGUCCUGCAGAAUCUGUUCCCGCCUGGUCGCAAGGGCUGGCGGUUUACGUCGCAGGACACUGUUGCCUACGCUUCGUUCUCGCAAACAACGCUGGGUAGGAUGGAGUGGCUUGGUGGAUCUGGGUACAGACAUAUUGGGCUGUAUGUGCACGGGGUGGAAUAUGCGAAGGAGGACGGGUCCGUUGUUCAGGGCACAUACCUGCCCAUCCUUUUCGAGUCUCUAACGGACCCCAUUGUCUCCGGUCGCGAGGAACUAGGCAUGCCAAAGCUCUACACGUCUGUAGACGUGUACCGGCGCUCAAGCUCGUACCGCAUCCGCACUGGAUGGGAAGGGGCGUUGUGGGGUAACUUCCUCCUCGAAGACCUGGUCGAAGUCGACCCCUCAACGACAACGGGCGCAUUGAGCGGCGAAGCCGACGCCGGAAUUCUCGCAUACAAAUACAUCCCCAAGACCGGGCGCGAAAACAAGAAUGUCGCUGCGGAAGAAUAUGCCAUCUUCGAUCCCUUCUCCAAGGCUGUGCCGACGCCGAAGCCGCACAGGGUGUACACAACGAAGAAGGCGAGUAUUGAGAUUGAUCCCUUGGACUGGGAGCAGUUGCCGACUUUGCACCAUGUUAUUUCACGGUUGGCGGAGGUGCCUGUUUUUGAGAUCGUUGGAGCCAAAGUUGUUGAGGGAACGGGGGUGCCCGAUGUGUCGGGGGCUGCGCCGAUUGAGUCGGCCGCCAUUUAG